UCUCAUUUCGAUUUCAUCUCUCACUCUGCUCGAGAGAGAGAAAGAAAAAGCGAAGAAUACGCAGAAUCCAUCCAAUUUAGGGUUAGGGCUGCCCCUAAUCUGGUAACCUGUUCCUCGUCUCUGAUCUGUUUUCCGGAUCCGACUAGAAGGAAAGAAGACGACGACGCUUUACCAAAAAGAUGGGCGCGAACUCGCUUCCGACGGAUGCAACCCUCGAUCUAGAUGAGCAGAUCUCGCAGCUCAUGCAGUGCAAGCCUCUUUCCGAGCAACAGGUCAGAGCAUUAUGUGAGAAAGCUAAGGAAAUUUUGAUGGAUGAAAGCAACGUUCAGCCUGUUAAAAGCCCUGUGACAAUCUGCGGUGAUAUUCAUGGACAGUUCCAUGAUCUUGCAGAGCUUUUCCGUAUAGGGGGAAAGUGCCCUGAUACCAACUAUCUGUUUAUGGGAGACUAUGUCGACCGUGGAUAUUAUUCUGUCGAAACUGUUACGCUUUUGGUUGGCUUGAAAGUACGAUAUCCACAGCGAAUCACUAUUCUUAGAGGAAACCAUGAAAGUCGUCAGAUUACUCAGGUUUAUGGAUUUUAUGAUGAAUGUCUGCGAAAGUAUGGCAAUGCAAAUGUUUGGAAGAUAUUUACAGACCUCUUUGACUAUUUCCCACUGACAGCCUUGGUGGAGUCGGAAAUAUUCUGCCUUCACGGUGGAUUAUCACCAUCUAUCGAAACCCUUGACAACAUUAGGAACUUUGAUCGAGUUCAAGAAGUUCCGCAUGAAGGGCCUAUGUGUGACUUAUUAUGGUCUGAUCCUGAUGACAGAUGUGGUUGGGGAAUCUCUCCUCGUGGUGCUGGAUAUACAUUUGGUCAGGACAUUUCCGAACAAUUCAAUCACACUAACAACUUAAAACUGAUCGCCCGAGCGCAUCAGCUUGUUAUGGAUGGAUUCAACUGGGCACACGAGCAAAAGGUGGUUACUAUAUUCAGUGCACCAAACUAUUGCUAUCGCUGUGGAAACAUGGCCUCAAUUCUUGAGGUCGAUGACUGCAGGAACCACACGUUCAUUCAGUUUGAACCAGCACCAAGGAGAGGAGAGCCAGAUGUAACCCGAAGGACACCUGACUAUUUCCUAUGAAGACACUCAGCUCCUCCUGCAGCUGUAAAGUCCGGUUGUUUGUUUUUGAAGAUCUCUGCUUAUUCCAUUUGGUUCAACGCAUUUGUGUUCCAGGUUGCUUCUCUUUAAAAUCAAUUUAGCCCUCUCCCUUGGAAUAGUGUAAUAUAGGCAAAGAGGUCAAUGAACUUUAAACCUCUCA